AUGUCGGGGACGGUAGGGGGGCAUGCCGCAGCAUCAUCAUCAGCAGCAGCGGGACACGCUUCAGCGGACAAUGGUGCUCAAGAGACCCCGGUGGUCUCUCAAGUAAAGCCCGACACCAAGGCAACUACACCAAGAGCUAUUGAAGCCAAAGAUGGUGGGGACAAGCCGGCCACGCGGCAGUCGCCGGACCCCGCCGCAGCCACUACAUCUUCGGAGGGCAUAAGAACGAAGAAAAAGCAGGGCGUUUCUGGCGUCGAGAGGCAGCCAACCCCACGCCCCGGGCAUGGGAGUAGCACGGCGGCUGGGAAGUGGAAGGGUACCCCGGCGUGGAGAACAUCGCCGGAGCAGGGCAAGUCUGUGACAACUCCAAGGAACACUGCAGUUCUGUCAGGAACGGGUGCGUUCUUUGUGACCCCGGAGCAAACAAGCCCAUGCGAGCUUCGCUGCAAAUGCAGCAGGGUGCACUCGAACGGUAGGGGUUCCCCACCUUCGGCAAGGUCGCCUGAGCUGGUCGAAACAGCGACGACUCCGGCAGGCACGGCGGCAUCGACAGCGGCGCGUGUACCCGCUUCGGCUAGACAGCCAACAACCCCGACCGGCCUUCGCGAUAGCAGCAACGCCAGAGCGGCCACGAAUGGUGUAGAUAACCCAGCCUCAAGAAAGCCGUCCGAGCCGGCGAAAGCGGCGACGACUCCAAGAGGCACGGCUGCAUCCACGGGGGCGCGAUUCUCUUUUAUGGCCAAGCAGCUUUCGACAACGACCGGCCAUCGCAGCAACAACGAUGACAGGAUGGCCGCGAUCUGUCGGAGCAACCCGUCUUCGACAACGUCGCCGCACCCGGCCAAAACAGUGACGACUCCACGAGGCACGGGCUCUUUGACAGCGACUGGUGUUUCGUCUUCAGUCAGGCAACCAAAAACACCCAUACCGACCAAUCAUCGUACUGCUGACAGGGCGGUCAAGAUCGGGCAGGGUAACCCGGCCUCGACAACUUCGCCACAUCCGGCCAAGACAGUAACGACUCCGAGAAACACAGCGGUAUCGACUGGAAAUCGUGUUUUCUUUGGGUCUAGGCAGCCAACAACACCGACCAGCCUUCGCGCCGCCAGGGCGGCAAAGAAUGCUAAGGUUAGCCCGGCCUCGACACCGUCGCCGCACCCGACCAAAACAGCGGUGACAACUCCACGAGGCACGGCAACAUCAGCAUCGACUCGUGUUCCCUCUUCAGCCAAGCAGCCAACAACACCGACCGCUCGUCGCGGUAACAACAAUGGCAGAGCGGUCACGGCCGGCCGGGGUAACCCGGCCUCGACAGCUUCGCCACAUCCGGCUAAGGCAGCAACGACCCCGAGAAACAGAGCGGUGUCGACUGGAAAUCGUGUUUUCUUUGGGACCAGGCAGCCAACAACACCGACCACCCUUCACGCUAGCAGGACGGCAAAGAAUGCUAUGAUUAGCCCGGCCUCGACACCUUCGCCGCAUCCCACCAAAACAGCAGUGACAACUCCACGAGGCACGGCAACAUCAGCAUCGACUCGUGUUCCCUCUUCAGCCAGGCAGCAAACAACGCCGACUGGCCGUCGCGGUAACCAAAAGGACAGGGCAGUCACGAUCGGGCGGGGUAACCCGGCCUCGACAACUUCGCCACACCCGGCCAAGGUAGCAACGACCCCGAGGGACAGAGCGGUGUCGACUGGAAAUCGUGUUUUCUUUGGGCCCAGGCAGCCAACAACACCGACCAGCCUUCGCGCCGCCAGGACGGCAAAUAAUGCUAAGAUAAGCUCGGCCUCGACACCUUCGCCGCAGCCGGCCGAAGCAGCGGUGAUGACUCCACGAGGCAUGGCAACAUCAGCGUCGACGCGCGCUCCCUCUUCAGCCAGGCAGCAAACAACGCUGACUGGCCGUCGCGGUAACAACAAUGACAGGGCGGCCACAGACAGAGAGAGUCAAGCCUCAAGAAGUUCGUCGGAGCCAACUGGAGCAGCGAAGACACCAAGAAGUAUGCCGGGCGCGACACGCGACCGGAUUUCACUCGUCGCUCGCCAGGCAGCAGAAGGGAUCCGACGUCGCAGCAUGAGUGCCAGGGCGUCCACGGACCGUGGUGGCAAGCUGGCCUCAGGAAGAUCGCCGGAGCAGGCCGAUGCAACGACGCCCUCAGGAAUCACUUCCCUAUUGGCGGAUACAUCUUCCUCUGUUGUCGCCAGCAACUCAGCGCAAGGGCUUGGCAGCACUAGCAGCGGAGGAACCAUCCAGGGUAGACAUCCUAGGGCCCAAGUAUCCGCUGGGGCCCCGGAAGACUCUGGGUCCGGGAUGGAGCCUUCCCCAAUCGUUCCUGCCACGGGCGAGUAUUCGAUGCUUGAGCCACCAUCCGCGUCAGAACCUUCUGAAAUGGAGCCGGCAGAGCCUGCAGAAGCCGCGCAGGCCGGAGGCCAGACAAGGGACCGCCCUGUUCAGCGGCCCAGAUCGGAGUUCGCACCGCGGCCAACGUGCUCAAUGGCGGAAUACAUGAUGCCCCAGAUCCAGUUGCUGAAUGCUCUGCAGCGCACCGUGCUGUUAAACCCGUUCUAGCGGUUCCCUGUGGGGUUCCUGGUGGAGCUUGGUGGAGGUUCGGUUCGAGGCGGAGCUAUGUAUACGUCAACUGACGAACCGUACAGUUAUGGUAUGAAGUACAUGGUAUCCGAGGCCGGUCGGUGGACUGGCCUCGUAGCACCGGCGUAGGGGCUACGCCUUGAUUUUGGGUUAUUCGCUUUGCAGUGGAUGUUGAAAUAGCCAGGCCUUGAUCUUGUGCUUAUCCCUUGCAGUAGGUGUUCAAAUUGUUGAUCCAGUGAAGCAUUUUUUGUAUCGCAUGUACAGUACACACAUGCAUGGCCCGGCCGGUAUCCCCCCAGCAGAGAGGUUGGGGAAAGAGAGAAUCUAAUUAAGAUAUGGGCGUUCGAAUUUUUUAUUUCCGGCUGCAGUUUUGGCAUGCCUCGGUUCUGGAAUGAGAAAUCCUCGCAACGACUACACUUGCGACGGGGAAGAGCUUACCUCGAAGACGACCUGGUGUAUUAGUCCGCCCGUGAUAUGUUGUAGAUCGUACAUUCUUAGAGUUUCACGGGCGUAUCAGUCGUGCCAAACGCUGUUGACCUAAUCGAGAAACUUGACAUGUACCUAGUUUAUGAGUUUUAUCGAAGCGAUGCAGUUUUGCCUGUACAAACAAGGGCGUCGAGCGAUUCGGAUUCGUGGAUAUCCUGUCGAGGACUGGUCGUGGCAUCGUACGCAUUGUGCGGAUGGUUGAAUACGGCAUCUAUGGAGAAGCCCCCUUUCAUUAGGUGUGCGGGGGUAGACCUGGUUGGCGGAAAGUCGGCGGAAAGCCCAAUAAUGGGCUGUUUCCGGCUUCGAAACGGGUGUAAGAGAGCAGCUUCCUUUUCUCGUUGUUGUUUUUUAGCCGUUUUACUUGUUGAUAGGAAUUCCAAACAAUAUUUUUUCAUGGGCUCAAUAUCUGUAGCAGUUCUUGUGGGUUGCGCAAAUCUACCUUCCUUGUAGUUUGCUUCGAGCCAUGUGUAGUGGUUCUCAAUCCGCGCGACCCUUUGGUUUCGUGAUUUCUCAGGUCGUUUUCAGGAUCAUAUCAUGUAAUUUUUGCGACGGGUUGGCUGGUUCUAUUUUCUAGGGCUG